ACAUAAUUUAGAAUCGAACGUCUAAGUUCUUACCUUCUGGAUCUUCCAUUCAUUAGUUUACAGUACAUGACUAUGGUGCAGGAGAGAACAUUAGAAAAUGCUGAUAAAGUGAGAGCUCACUGGCAUAGAGCAGAUGUGUAAUGCAAAUUAAUUCAUUUUCCCGUCACGAAUUUCCAAAUCUUUUUUGUUAAAGGUUUGCGGACUCUUCCGAGAUAUACAAUGAUAUGGUGACUGCAAAGGCUGGGAACCAAAGCAUUUGCUCAGAUUUUUAGUUUUAACGACACUAAAUUCUACCAACGCCCAUCAUGGCUAAGAGUUCGGAGGUCAAACUGGCAAUAUUUGGGAGAGCAGGCGUUGGGAAGUCAGCACUUGUAGUGAGAUUUCUGACCAAAAGAUUCAUCUGGGAAUAUGAUCCCACCCUCGAAUCAACCUACCGACACCAAGCAACCAUCGAUGAUGAAGUUGUUUCCAUGGAGAUCCUAGAUACUGCUGGUCAGCAGGAAGACACCAUUCAGAGGGAAGGCCACAUGCGCUGGGGGGAGGGCUUUGCGCUGGUCUAUGACAUCACCGACCGGGGAAGUUUUGAGGAUGUGCUGCCACUGAAGAACAUCCUAGAUGAGAUCAAAAAGCCCAAGAACGUGACUCUCAUCUUGGUUGGAAACAAAGCUGACUUGGACCACUCCAGACAAGUGAGUACGGAAGAAGGGGAGAAACUGGCCACAGAAUUGGCAUGUGCUUUUUACGAGUGCUCUGCCUGCACGGGCGAAGGGAACAUCACAGAGAUCUUCUAUGAGUUGUGUCGAGAGGUGCGACGCAGGAGGAUGGUGCAGGGCAAGACCAGGAGGCGCAGUUCCACCACGCACGUCAAGCAGGCCAUCAACAAGAUGCUCACCAAGAUCAGCAGCUAGGCACCUCUGUUCUUGCACGGGCCCUCCAAGAUGGGUCGGGCCCUCGGAAACACUCUCGUGCCCUUCCUUUUCCCUCCAAAAGCGGAAGAAAAAAAAGUCCACUCCUAGUGUUGAUUCUGGGACAUGUCUGGGCUUCCCACCUUCCCAGCCUCCCACUCACCUGCCAGGAAAUUUUAGAGUGUCAUAUGCAAUUCCAGCGCUGAUAAUGUCUCCCUUUCCUGCUUGCAUAGGAUCCACUCUCCUUUAGUUUGAAGAUGUAAUCACCAGAGUUUCUGAAAUGGCUGGCUUCGUAUUAAAUUAUUUUUGUGUAUCUCGACCUUGGUUAAAUAAGUUGAAGUCUUUUCAAAGGCAUUUUAAAAUUCAAUUUCUUGUGGAAGACUGCACAUGAUAAUCAUACAUGUCUAAGAAAGUAGAAAGUACAGUAAAAACAGCAGAAGAAAAGCUGAGUUACUGGAACUCAUAUUAGAACUGUAGUUCCUAUUAGAAGUGAGGAUUUUCUGAAAUAAAUCUUACAGUUGUUCUUUAGUCUUUUAGUUUGCUCUUAAGUUGAACCAUGCCCUCAGCAAGAUGUUUUACUGUAAUGAAGCUUUCAUUUCCAUUUGAGUCGGUUCCUUCAAUGACAUUAUAGCCUAAUUCUUCCUCUUUGGAUCAAAUAAGAUUUCAAUUAUAAUAGAGGCAGCAGAGCCAGCUGCUAGGGCUUUUCUCCCCAAAGUCUAGGGUGAUGUAAAAUAUUAGGAAUCUUUUCACUAAACCCUGACUUUACUGUCUGCUAGUAAAAGAGUUAGAAUUAGAGACCUUUAAUCAUCUCCUAUUCUGUUUAUCAGCUUAUCAGAAAAAAUAACAGUCCAAACAACAGGAAAAAUAAGAAUGGAUCUAAACUAACCCUCCCUCAGGAAGCCAAUUCUCUAUGCCAAUCACAGUCAGAAAAAUUAGCAUCUGCUUCAUUAAGUUGGCCACAUGACUUCCUUUAACAUUUUGGGUAAAUUAAUUCAUUUAAGAGAAUUCAGAAGGGUGGGGGUUUAGCUCGGUGGUGCUGCUGCCUGCUUUGCAAGUGCAAGUCCUGAGUUCUCCAGAACAAAAGUA